AUGAUAGAGGACCCAUACUUUCCUACUGCUCGAUGGCGCUGGCACAUUCCAAAGGCCUACAUGGUUAAAGAUCUCAAUGGGAAGGAACAUAAAGUAGGAGAGCUUCUUAAGCAAUGGACGGGCCCGGACUACUGGCUGCCGCUCCUCGGAUACAAAUCCAUGCCUACUUGGCAAUACCUUCGUCAACUUCAGAGUCAAAGGGAUAGAGCGGCCAAUGAGCAGCGGAAGAAUGAGAAUAGGGUGAGGAUUCAGGAAGAGGUGAGGCAGAGGAAGGCAAAGAAGGCAACGGAGUGGAGACAGCGCGGACUUCUUAUGCAGCAGGGAAGAAGUAAGGGGGCUGCACGGGUUGAGGUUCACCGCCCUUUCUUCUCUGCACGAGGGAGCAAUGCUGUAGAUCGAGGAGCAGAAACCGAGAUAUCGUUCCGUGGAAUUGAAUGA